GGUCGGAACUUUCAAUGGCGUUUUCAGAACGAGAUGCUAAGUGAUUAACUACACUUCAAAUAUGGCUGGCGCAUUGGAAGAAACGGAACAUCUAGACGGAACUGUGCAGGUUGUGGUGAAUACUGGCAUAAAGUCAACCCUUGCUCAACCCUUGGAAACUCCAAAUUUAUUCGAAAGCAACAAUAUUGGCAACAACUGGAACCAAUCCAAUACUAUGCAGCGUCCUGGUGUCCUGUGUUCCUACACCUUGGCUAGGCUUUCAAAUCUGAUGUUCAAUGAGAAUAAAGCUAUUCUGUGCUUGAGUAUGGGGAAGAUCCAGAAAGCGUUGAGGCAGGCUUGUGAGAGUUUUAAAAUCCUGGACAACCAAUGGACCCAGUUUAAGGGGCUCAUCCACAGAGUCAUGGGGAAGCCUUUCUUGCCAACGAGGCCUCUUGCACAAAAGGAGGAGACUGUGACAGAAGAGCCAGCAUCGGACCCUGAGCCACAACACAAUAAAAGGAAAUCCAGAUCCACAAAGGACUGGACAGGAAUAUCCGCAGAAAGAGCAAGAGUAACAGAUGCAACUGCCAGAAGAUCAAAUGAAAAUGAGAAUCAUUGUCAUAAACACAACAUCAAACUUCCAUUGAAUGUCUGUAAGACUGUGUUUGUUGCUUUGGUGUUGUUAUUAAGAAUGUCAUCUGUCCAAGCUUGCUCACCUAUGCAAAGUCCUCAGUCUGCCACAGUAGGACGCAGUCACACAUGUUUUCAGAUUUCUCAACACAAAGAUUACAAUGUUAAUGAUGGCAAUGUAACAAUUGGUGGGUGUAGCACUCUUGUUGGACCUGGCAAUGGAAUGGUGGAACCAGACCACACAAACAAUUAUGUUGUUAGCUUCAAUGGUUCGCAUUGCUGUGUUACCCUGAACAAUUGGCCUUGUGGGAGGGACAAGAACAUUUCUUUCACAAGUACGGGUGGGACAGAUUGUAUCUAUGACAUUCUGAAAGGCCUGCCUUGCUCACCCAAUUGGAUUGAUAACAAUUCUUGUUCACGCUAUGUGAUUAUUGUCAUCACGUUGGCUGUAAUCUUAAUAAUUAUAAUAGGGAUUAUAAUAGUUCUGUUAAUAAGAUUUCGCAAGAGAGUAGGAAAGUGGAUUCGCUGGCGUUUUGGCACUAACAGGGGAACUUAUGACAUGACAGAUCAAAAUGAAACAAGUUAGUAGAGCCAUUCUGCAUUAAGCUCAAACAUAGAUGACAAGGGAGCCCUCCAUGGUACCAUCUAAGACUACCAUAGUUAGGAUUCCAUUUGGGGCCAGUCAUUUCAAGGUAACUGUUGCUUAAAAAAUAUUAUUAAAAUAUUUCGCUCAAUAACGUAUGUGUUCUGAAAUUGUGUGUGUAGGUUGCAUCAAGACCUAGCUU